CUUAGUAUAUUAAAGAACCUUGGGUUCUUCCUGAUCGCUAUCGCAUAAGUUUAAAGGAGUAAAAUUUGGGUUAGAGUUUCUUCGUAUUGAAUUGACAUUUGCAGUUUGAUAUGUUGAAUGGAUAGUUUGCUUAAGGAAUAAGUGUAAAUUAUUUUACCUUCAUUAUUGCAUGGAAAUUUAAAGUACAGUAAGCGUUACAUUCGUCAUUCCAUUGUAUCUAAAUUUCUACGUUUGACUUUUUGCAUUGCAUUGCUGGCGGCGGCUGGAAGAAGGUGCUGCUUGCUUUUACCGCUGCCUGGCGUCUUCUAAAGAAAAUCUUUUUGCGUUUCUGUUUGCAGAAUCAUCGGUAUGUCUGAAGGUAACAUGCUUGGUGAAACAGAUAAGGUUUCUUUAAAUGGAGAUGAUAAUGAUUCAAAAGAAAGCGUUUGCAGAGAUUUCUUGCGCAAUGUUUGCAAACGAGGCAAAUUUUGUAGGUUUAAACAUCCAGAAGGCGAUGAAGCAGAAGCUUUAGGUAAAAAAGAAAUUGUAUUUUGCCAUGAUUUCCAGAACAAAGAAUGCAGGCGACCCAAUUGCAAAUUUAUGCAUUGCACCAAACAAGAAGAAGAGAUAUUUCGUUCAACUGGACGCUUACCAGCUGCAGUUCUGGAAAGUAAGGCCAACAAAAUCCGUAUGCAGAAUGCAAAAAUACCUAUUUGUAAAGAUUAUUUGAAAGGCGAAUGCAGACGUGCAGGUCGAUGCAAAUUUAGACACUUGUCUGCAUUUGAAUUGCAGAUAGAGAGCAAUAAUCAGAAUAAUAAUCACCUGAGACGAGAUCGAUUUGAUAAUAGUGAUCAAUAUGAUACCUUUAUUGGUUAUGAGCCACAGGCUAAGCGUCGUGCUUACGAAAAUUCUUUUUCAGACGGUACCUUUCCUUUAGGUGAACGCCGACCAAUGAUGUCUCAACACUAUCGCAUGUUAGAAGAAGAGAAUGCUAUGCUGUUACAUAAAAUUGAAGAACUGAAGAAACAGGUUGUGGAUUUGACUGCUACUAACGAAUUUCUACUUGAUCAAAAUGCUCAACUGAGAGUGAGCAAACAGACACUUGUUUCCCCAAUAUCACAGCAGCUAAUACCCCAUACUCUUACUCCUACCAUGCCAUCACUUCCAGCACCAUCUAUUACUCAGUUAUCCCAAAUACCAUUAAGCAGUGAUCUUGGUGCUGCAUCUCUUACUCCUGAUCUUACUCUUGGGCAGGGUAUUGCCCCAGUUUCAAUUGCCCCUUCACAAGUGACACUUCCCACAAUCUCUGCUGCAUCUCUUUCCCAAAGUUUGCCACAAACUAUCAUAACAUCCACAGCACUUAUAUCUUAUCCUAUCAUGACUCAGAGCAUGAGACCUGUGAUUCCUCACAGCUUGGGUUAAAUUCUUUUCGAUAAAAUAUAUAAGUGGUUUAUCUUCAGAUCAUUAAUUUUAACGAAAUAUAAUUUGAAUAUCUUAACUCCUCAUAACCUUCGUUUAUUCCUUCAUUAGAAUUUUCCUACUUACUUACAUUUAAUUUGAAUUUUUUUUUUUUUUCUAGCUGAUCAUGAAAUACAAAAGCAUUACAUUUGUAGGAAUGGCCAUUUUAAAUUUAUGUGUACUAAAUGCUGGUGUAAUUAAAUUAAAUUCUUUUCCUUUGAAUGCUUAAUAUAAUAGUUAUUUCAAGGUUGUGCUACAUUUAACUAUAUUUCUCUCAAGUGUAAUAUUAACUUAAUGAUAUUACUUAUUAAAUUUAUUCGGUACUUUUCCGUUUCGCCGGCGCAAAUCUCGCCAAGCAGACUGUAUUGGCGACAACAUACAGUAUGCACAUAAAAAAUAUUAAAAAAGAAUGUUAGUUCUAAGA